CACGUUGUGAUGGCCUUGUCACGGACAAGUUCCUUAUUCCAAGUCACAGUCCAUCUUUUUUCUUUUCUUUAGUGUCUCUUGUCAAGUCAGCGUUGAUUGUUCUUUCUCUUUCUAUUUCCUUGCUCGUCGUUCCUUUCUUCAUUUGUUAUAGAUUUAGACAAUCACUCGAGCGGAAUUAUUAUUCUAUUCUGUACGCAUUUCUUGCGCGUAAGGUUUUAUUACUGUUGAAUUAUAAGUCAAUUUCGUCAUCGCUUCUUCUACCUAUAUCCUAAAAUUACUGCUCUUUUUUUUCAUUUCCCUUAUACCUAGUGUUCCCCCUUCAACAUUCGAGAUUUGGAAGUACAAGGGAUUACAAGACGACGCUUGCAAUUUCCCAAUAUUUAUAAACAUUGAGUUCGCUGCGCGAUACACUCCUUUUCAGCGACCUUGGGCACAUACGCAAACAUGUUCAUGAAGUCGGUAAACACCGCCGCUGCGCUGGCAGCGACAUUCGUAGCACCAAAAGACCUUAACGUCAAUGACCCAGCAUCUAUACGUAGCGUAUCUAGUACGCUUGCGCAUGGGCUCAUGUCAUAUUACUCCGGAAAUGUGACGAACACCCCAGAGACUAUUGCGGUUUUCCCUGAGCCAUACUACUGGUGGGAAGCAGGUGCGGCCUGGGGAGCCAUGCUAGAUUAUUCCCAUUAUACGGGUGAUUCUAGCUAUGAUGAAGUCAUCACGCAGGCCCUGCUAUCGCAAGUCGGCCCCAAAUUUGAUUUAAUGGUGCCGUUGCACUUUGGCUCCGAAGGAAAUGAUGACCAGGCCUUCUGGUCUUUCGCUAUUCUUAACGCCGCUGAGCGGAAUUUCCCCCAGCCCGACGACAACAUUCCGCCUUGGCUGGACAUCGCGGAAAACAUCUGGAACACGAUGGUCGUGAGGUGGAAUACUACUAAUUGUGGAGGCGGACUUAUGUGGCAAAUAUUCGAGGACAACCCGAACGGCAUGAAGUACAAGAACAGCGUUUCCAACGGCGGUUUUUUCCAGCUGUCUGCACGCCUCGCACGGGCAACUGGUAACGACACGUACUUCGAGUGGGCGAAGAAGGUGUAUGAUUGGUCUGAGGAGAUUGGAUUCGUGGACAAGGACUACAUGGUCUACGACGGUGCCGGCAUCGAAGACAACUGCGCUAAGAUCAACAGGCUGUCGUUCUCGUACUCGCAGGGAAUUUACAUGUACGGAGCCGCCGUCCUUUACAACUACACGAACGGAGACCAGACGUGGGGGGCUCGUGCCACCGGCCUCCUGAAGGCGGCGGACUCUUACUUCAGCCCGUACCCGAACGCGACCAACAUCAUGUUCGAGCACGCGUGCGAGCCGUACGAGGUGUGCAACAACGACAUGAAGUCAUUCAAGGGCUACCUUUCGCGAUUCAUGUGGGGAACCGCACGGAUGAUGCCCUCGGCGUUGAACCAAGUCCAGUCACUGCUAGGCGCUUCCGCUACCGCGGCCGGCAAGGCCUGUUCUGGAGGACAGGACGGUGUGACGUGCGGGCAGAAGUGGUAUACCGGCGGUUUCGACGGCGUGACUGGACUGGGUCAGCAGUUGACGGCGCUGGAAACGGUGCAGGGGCUGCUCUCGCAACAGGCGCGGCCUCCGUUCAAGGCCGGCGAGAUCAAGCACGUCAAGGGCACAGGCAAGGUGCCACCGAAGCCGGCCGGCCAGUAACUAACCCUUGCGCAUC